UACAGCAAGAUGGAUGUGGGUAGCAAAGAAGUCUUGAUGGAGAGCCCACCGGACUACUCAGCAGCUCCCCGGGGCCGGUUUGGCAUCCCCUGCUGCCCAGUGCACCUCAAACGCCUUCUCAUCGUGGUCGUGGUGGUCGUCCUUGUGGUGGUGGUGAUUGUAGGGGCCCUGCUCAUGGGUCUUCACAUGAGCCAGAAACACACUGAGAUGGUUCUCGAGAUGAGCAUUGGGGCGCCGGGAGCCCAGCAGCGCCUGGCCCUGAGUGAGCACAUGGGUACCACGGCCACCUUCCCCAUCGGCUCCACUGGCAUGGUUGUGUACGACUACCAGAGGCUUCUGACCGCCUAUAAGCCUGCCCCGGGAACCUGCUGCUAUAUCAUGAAGAUGGCUCCAGAGAGCAUCCCUAGUCUUGAGGCCCUCACUAGAAAAUUCCAGAAUUUACAGGGCAAGCCUGCAACACCUGGCUCUGAACCCGGCCAGGAGGAGGGACGUGAAGAUGGCUCUGCAGCCUCCCUAGGAGAAGACCUGGCUUUCCUGGGCCUUGCCGUGCGCACCCUGUGCGGAGAGGUGCCACUCUACUACAUCUAGGACUCCAAGGCGAGCAGCGUCUGUGGAAGCCACAGAGGAGAGAAAAGAUUCUCACGCAAAGGAUCUUUUGCAGACAGGAUCCUGCCCACACCCAAAGGGCUGGCUCUGGAGGAAGGGAGCUGCCAGAGAGGAUGGGAGGGGGCAGAGGAGAGGUGGCUUCUGUGGGCCUGGGGACUCCUACUACAAAAGAAUAAAGC